AUGGAUAUGUGCCCCGAUUUUGGUAGGAAUGGCGGGUCUUUCUGCUAUACUCGGCUUCAGGACCCCAAUCCUUCUCCAUCCGAAGCCGGAGAACAUUGGGUCGCCAGCCCUCGGCGCCGGCCGUGCCCGGGGUCACCCGACAGGCUUCCCGGGCGCUUUAUUUCCUUUCCCGUGGGUUGGCGGGGAGCGAAGGGCGCGGGGAGCGGCGCCGGGGCUCGGGUGGUCGCGUUCUCAGAGGCGGGCGGUCGGGCCCUGCGGGCCGUCCCAGCAGGCUUUGAGGCUUCGGGACCGGAGCACUGUGCGUCCGACGCCGAAAUGGCGGCUCCAGAACUCCGCCGAGCUCGCUCAGCCACGUUGAGCGUCCCUGCUGAAGCCAAAAGCAGCUUCUCUGUCUUCCCACCGCCCCACCGGAAGUCGGCUGGAAGUCGCGGUGCUGGGGAAAAUGUUGGCAGUAGUACCCUAAGCCGAUUUUACUUAGACGUUGAGAGCACAUGCAUGGGUUUGGAUUUAUGGCAGGCCCGUCACCCUGGGCCUCUCAUAGUGUCCCAUGCUAGAGCAACCUGCGGCUCCGAACCAUUGCCUGGCCUCUGUGCCUGUAGGCUACCGGCACUGAAGUGGGUCGCACAAUCAAAGGUUUAGGUUUAGAGCAGAGGCGGUGAAAAUAUGAUUUCAGACCCCAACUUCCUUGCUGAGGAAACCACUAAAAAGGCUCUUCAAUGUUCUGAUUCACAAAAUGGGAAUAAUAAAGUAAUGAUGUAGAGACUUUGAACCACUACGUUAUCAGCAAAAACCUAAUGCUGCAAAACGUUUACAAAUUCAUACUGAGGAGACAACUAAAAAGUUAGAAGUGUGGAAUUUGGGAGAAACGCAUGUGUCAGGCAGAAGGCUUGUGGGUGCCCAGCCCAUUUAUAUGUAUUUACGGUAUUGGCUUGUCAUUGAUGGUUGGUGAAAUUCCCUUAUUUAAC